AUGGAAUCAAUACCUCGUAUGUCAAACCCAUAUCAGCUUGGAAGGGUGGAAUCGAAUGAUACAGCAGUUGGUUCAGGAAUUUUCAAUAAUCCCAAAUACGAAGUUGGCGAUGCAAUAACAAGAACGAGGACAACAGGUGAUGAUUUUAAUUUGCAGUUAACCAAGGACAACUAUGACUAUGAUAAUUCAGUUAAUAACGACCUUACAGGUAAUACAAUCACUAGCGAAGCAAGCGCAGGCGCAGCAAGAGGAUCUGGAUCAGCUGUUAUGACGGCUUUCGAAGAUUAUUUGGAUUUGGAUUUAGAAGCAAUGCAAUUGCAACAGCACUUGCAGCAGCAGCAACAGUUGCAAUUACAGCAGAUGCAGUUGCAUCUGCAACAACAACAACGUCAGCAGCAGCAGCAGCAGCAAAAACAACAACAGUUCCUGCCGAUGCUGCCCAAAAGGGAUAGUAGUAGGAGGUUGUCCAUUUCAGAUUAUGAUGUCGAUAAUGCUGGCUAUUACGAAUAUGAAUAUUUUGGUAAACCUAGUUUCCAGAUCGGUGAUUCUAGUCGUAGUAGCAGUAAUACUAGGGACUAUAAUGAUAGAGCUGACGUGAAUUUAAAUGAUAAGAAUAACGAAGUAAUGAAUGAACCAUUUGCAGAUUUGGAUUUCAAAUUAAGUGCAGGAUCAACGACAGCAACAAAUAAUAAUAAUGACAAUAAUAUUAAUAAUGCCAAUUUCCUGCAGGAUGAAGUUGUGAUGAUGAGUGAUGAAGAUUGGGGAACCCCAAGCGAUGAAACGGCGGUUCAAAUGGGAAGAAAUAACGAUCUUUUCGAUUUUGUCCCCCAAAGUCAAAGUUUAGAGGUUCCAAUGGUGGAGGAUUAUAAUUUAGAUGUUGACGUUGAUGCACCACUAAUUGAGCCGCAACAACCUCCAAAGAAAAAAGUUAAGGACUAUUUCAAAUUGAAUUUUUUCACGAACAACAGCAAUAAUAAUAAUAGUAAUAAUAAUAAUACGAGUAAUACGAGUAAUGGUAGUGGGAAUGGUGCUGAUUUGGUGGUUGGUGAUGAACCUGUCUUUAAGAAGAAGUAUUUCUGGAAUAGAAAUCCUAUGAAGAGGCGAGCUCGCCAAGAUGAUCCUCUCGAGAUGGAAGAGGAUCAUACUUUGGUGAAUCCAUCCCAAUUGGUGACUUUUUCCAAUGAAUAUGAUGAUGAUGAUAGUCAUACUGUAUCAGAGCCCUUAACACAGUUUGCCGUUUUUGAUAAUCUAGAAGAUAAACUUCCUGCAGCAGUGAUAGACCCAGCGCAGACGCCAGUUACCACAGUCAAUCAUGUCGAACCUGUAGCGCCAAUGGCGGUAACGACAACAACUGAUAAUAUUAUCGAUAAUAAUAAUAGCAACAGUAAUAGUGAUAGCAACACUACUGCUACACCAUCCCCUCCUCCGCUGGUUAGGAAAAGACUGGGAUCGAUGCCCAAGACUCGUGGCCGUAAACCUUCACCAAUACUCGAUGCUACAAAACAUUUCGGUUGCGAGUACUGUGAUAGAAGGUUCAAAAGACAAGAGCAUUUAAAACGUCAUGUUCGUUCCUUACAUAUGUGCGAAAAGCCCUUUGGCUGUCACAUAUGUGGUAAGAAAUUUAGCAGAAGCGACAAUUUGAAUCAGCAUAUAAAGACACACACACAUCAGUGA